GCCAGAGCGCCGCGCACACGUCAUCAAUCAGCGCCGGCGGGGCGGAAGGGGCGGUUGCCGCGGUAACGGUGCGGCCGGUAUGGAGGGCGGCGGGCGGCCCUCGGCGGUGCAGGCCGCAUUGCUGGCCGCGGGCGCCGCCAUCACGGCGCUGCUGUACUCGGCGUACCGGCACAAGGCCCGCGCCGCCCGCCGCCUCCAGGGCGCCCGGAGGCUGCGGCUGGACGCGGAGCUGCGCGCGGCCCUGCGGGAAGCGCCGGGCCGCUGCCUGCCCUACGCCGUCGUCCAAGGUGCCGUGCGCUCAGCAAAGGAGACACUGAGCAGCCAGUUCGUGGAGGGCUGCCAGGGUGUCGUGCAGAGGCUGACGCUGCAGGAGCACAAGAUGGUGUGGAACCGCACCACCCACCUCUGGAACGACUGCGAGAAGAUCAUCCACCAGCGGACCAACACGGCUCCCUUUGACCUGGUGCCUCCCGAGGACGGCGCCGACGUGAGCGUGAGGGUGAUGAAGCCCCUGGAGGCCGCGGAGCUCAGCCUGGAGACGGUGUACGAGAAGUUUCACCCGUCCGUCCAGUCCUUCACCGACGUCAUAGGCCACUACAUCAGCGGCGAGCGUCCCAAAGGCAUCCAGGAGACAGAGGAGAUGCUGAAGGUGGGAACCACGCUGACGGGGGUGGGAGAGCUGGUGCUGGACAACAACACGAUCAAACUGCAGCCCCCAAAGCAGGGGAUGCAGUACUACCUCAGCAGCAUGGAUUUUGACGCCUUGCUGCAGAAGCAAGAGUCCAACGUCAGACUCUGGAAGAUCCUGACGGUCGUUUUCGGCUUUGCCACUUGCGCCGCGCUCUUCUUCAUGCUGCGAAAGCAAUACCGGCACCACCGAGAGAAGCGGCGCCUCAAACAGAUGCAGGAUGAAUUCCGGCAAGCCCAGGAGCGGCUCAUGCGCGAGACAAACGCGGAGGGCGGGGAGGCUCUCAAAAACGCUUGCGUCGUCUGCUUGAGCAGUACCAAGUCCUGCGUCUUCCUGGAGUGUGGCCAUGUCUGCUCUUGUAACCAGUGCUACCAAGCUCUGCCAGAGCCCAAGAAGUGCCCCAUUUGCAGACAGGCGAUCUCUAGGGUGGUUCCCUUAUACAACAGCUAAAUCUCUGUGGCCACAGAGCUUUUCUGCAUCCAGAUUCCCUGUCAUCAGGGGUUUUUCUUCAAGUCCUGCUUUGUCCAGCCUGUCCCACUGUUCAGGUGGUUUUGGGCUGGGAAUAAAAUGCAAAUGGGGAAGAAGGGGGGAACCUAAGUGGACUAGGGUGCUUUAAUUGGGGUGCAAAGCCAUGUCUUAAAAGGAUUAGGUCCAGCUGAUAAGUACCUAGGGCUUAUAUGAUGCUCCAGAGGUUUUAAGGAUGAUCUGAGUGAGCAGUUCUCAAAAACUGCACCUGCAUUAAGUUAGUAAAUGGACUCUUUUUAGUUUCCCUGCAGUUUCAAGCUCUUGUGUUUGUUAGGGUUGGACUCUCCACAUUUGUGUUUUGGCUGACUGAGCCUGCAGUCCCUGCACAUUGGGAUCACCCCAGUUUUGUUUCCUAGAAGCAAAAUACCUGGGUUACAAAAAAACAUGGUGAAAAAGCCAUAUUAUGGCUACUUAGAGGCUGCAGGAUUUAGGCAACACUGCCAUCUAGCUCCUAGGACUUUAAUUCAGCAGGAUUGUCUUUAAAGGAGCUUUUAUAGGGUUUUGUAUGAACACAAGUAUUUCUGUGAAAAUCCAUGGUUAAUUAAAGCAGGGAGUGGAAUUUCCACUCUCUCCUCUUCAGUCUUUUACCAUUAUCACAAAAGCUUUUUUUUUUUCCCUUAAACUUCCCCCUGCAGCAUUGGGGAAAGAAGUCUUGCUAUAAGGUGGGAAUCGGGAAGUGAAAAUGCUGCAGUUGGUUUCUGCAUCUAGGCUUGAGCCAGGCUAUACUACAACAAGCAUGUUGGUGUUGGGUUAUUAAGUCUAAAUGACCCUGAAGGUGGAACUAGGAGCGAAAUUGUUUGCCCUGACGGUGAACGGCUCGGCCAGGCAGGGUCAGGACACCAGCCCUGUCAAGGGUUAAGCCUUGCAUGACAUGAGUUUUGUUGUUUUUUCCAUAAUGUAUUUUGAGAUUUGCCAAUCUCCUGCUUUUUUUUUGCCCUUCCUGACUUUUACAAGCACGCUAGCCUAUUAAAUGCUGAAGGAAUGUAAAUCCCUCUCUUCCCGCUGGCCAAAUCAGCAUAACAGAGGGGAACUGCAUCCCCAUGCCCCAAAUCCGGCGAACACAAGUCCUGAUGGAUGCUGCUGUCCUCCUUUUUGUUCUGUAGCUGGUACAAAAUAAACUUCCACAUGAAAAACA